AUGAAGGCUACAAUUUCUCAGUUCGCCACCGUGCCUGAUGCGCUUCGGCGCUCAGUAUCGCUUUCGAGAGCAUGCUACCGAAGGCUGGGGAAUAGCGGUCUCAGAGUAUCAAAUCCCAUUCUUGGUGGCGCACAUCUCGGCAGCUCCCGUUGGCUUCCGUGGGCUUUAGAAGAGGAACAGGCCUUGAAGGUGUUGAAAGCCGCCUAUGAUCGAGGCAUAAAUACGUGGGACACCGCCAAUGCUUAUUCGAAUGGUGAAUCAGAGCGUAUCAUGGGCAAAGCCCUCAAGAAGUACAACAUCCCUCGGUCGAAGGUUGUCUUAAUGACGAAAUGUUUCCGCGUUGUUUGCGACCCUGAGCAAUACGAUCCCGGUUCUUCGGUUUAUAUGCACCACGACAUUGCUGAUACUAGCAAAGACUACGUCAAUCAAUGGGGUCUAUCCCGGACGGGCAUCUUCAACGCCGUGGAAGCAUCUCUCGAGCGCCUUGACACAACAUAUAUCGACCUAUUACAUAUCCAUAGAUUCGAUCCGACAGUGCCCCCAGAAGAAACCAUGUGCGCGCUGCACGAUCUGGUCAAGGAGAACAAGGUCCGAUACAUAGGCGCUAGUUCUAUGUGGGCACACCAAUUCGCGAUAUUGCAGCAUACGGCUGAGAAGCACGGAUGGACGAAGUUCAUCUCGAUGCAAAAUCACUAUAACCUCCUCUAUCGCGAAGAAGAAAGGGAGAUGAACCCAUACUGUAAGCUGACAGGUGUCGGCACCCUUGCUUGGGCUCCAUUAGCUGGCGGGCGGCUAGCACGACCACAGACACAAGCCCCAACGUCGAUCCGGACGGUGCACACCAAAAAUGGCGGCUUCUACGAACAAGGCGACGACAUGAGCUCAGCCAAUAUCAUCUCUCGGGCAGCCGAAAUCGCCGAAAAACGCGGGUGGCCGCUCUCACACGUCGGCUUGGCGUGGCUCAACCGCAGAACGGUGGCUCCCGUCAUCGGGUUCAGCAGCCCGGAGAGGAUGGAUGAAGCACUCGACGCGCUUGGAAAGGAGCUAACAGCCGAGGAAGAGGAGAGCUUAGAGGCAUUGUACCAGCCUAGGAAGGUUCAAGGUCACUCUUAGACAGCGUUCUCCCUCUACGAGUGGCACCCAGGCUACGCAGUAUGUUUCUCUUCGUACUUGGUGAGACAAGUCGGUGCUCGGCGAUGCAGAGCCAAGCAGCACGUUCGGAGAGGUUUUCGGGCUUGCCAUCGGCAUCUGGGGAGAGACAGCCUUGACCAGGCGGUCAGUUCGGGGCGGCUAAGACAUUGCAGGCUGCCAUACCAGGUUCAGGCCGGGUCCGGACCGCGAGAGUCAUGAUUCAAAUGACCUACGAGUAUGACACGCGUCAGUGAUCAUCACGCAAGUACCAAUGAGUCCCUACCAGUCCCUAGUAGGGCUUAUAGGUAGAAGAUCGAGGGCUGUUCAGGGGUUUGCACUUCAGACUUGAAGAUGAGGUAUAAGAUUCUUCAGGAUUGGCAUGCAGGACAUGGAAAAGUUAGUCUGCUUUUGGGAACUCGGAUGGAAAGAAACCUGCUGAAAAGUGAAGCAUGCGGGACCGUCAG